AUGAUGAUGACAGUUCCAGAAGACCGCGAAGGGGUCGAGCAGAUGAUCACCAUCAUCGACGACACAGAAGAAGGAGGAGUGUCGAGUCAGACGAUGGAAUUUACCAUGAUCCAAGAGAUCGCUGCUCUCACAAGAGUCGAGGAAGGGGAAGAAGUGUCGACUCAGACGACGACACUUACCGCGAGUCAAGAGAGAAGCGCUCUCGCAGAAGCCAAAGAAGGGACAGAAGCACCGAUUCCGAGGACAGCACUUACCACGGCAGGUCCCGACAUCAAAGCCGAAGAAGAGACAGGAGCAUCGACUCACAAGACAAGCGCCACCACUCGCAUGACGAAGAAACCUCAAGACGAGGUCGACAUCGAUCAGAGUCGCAAGGGCAGGGAAGACUCGCACCUCCGCUCCAGAUCGCACCCACCCCACCACCACCACUCCUCAUCAAAACACAACGAAUCCCACUCUCCCGCAGACAUCAUAUACACAGCCGCACGCACCGCCUUUGAAGCAGGAGCAGUGGCCGCUCUCAAGCUGCGGGAUGAUCCCUCGCCAUUGAUAGGUGCCAAAGGUGGCAAGAUUGUCGCUGCCGCCGUCGGAGCUGCUGUUGUCGACACGUUCAUCGACCAAAAGCACCCUAAGCGGAAAGGAGGGUUGAGACACACUGUCAUGAGGCAGGCUACUCAGAUGGCGAUAGGAAACAUCGUUAUGCCGGCUGUCAUACACGCUGAUAAGAGACACGGAAAGGGAGUCCCGGUGCAGACAAGUGUAAGGGGCAAAAAUGCAUGGUUUGGGAAUAUGAAGGCUGCUGGUGCAAAGGCCGGAGGGGGCGUGAGAGCGGGUGGUGGGAGGAGGUAA